GGGGGUAGAUUCGUCAUUUCAAGUGCCAUGUAAUUCUGCUGACCUCCUUUUUGUCUGGUCACCAUUUCCUCCUCGUCCGCUCUCCGGCACCUUCAGCAACCCCCGAAAAGCGACACCGUCCCGUCGACCAUGGCCAAUCAAGGAGCGAAGAAACGCAAAGAGGAAAACGCCCGCCACAUGAGGACCCUCCUCCGCCUCAUCCUCGCCUCCAACGCUAUAUAUGUAGUGAUAAGGAUCGGAGUAUUCUACUCGAGUUUCACGUGGAAGCAUUGGGCGGGCUUGAUUCUGACUUCGCUCGCCUACGUUAUACCGUACCAGCAGCUCGCCGCCAUGGCCAAGCCUUCUUAUACUGACGAUGGGGAGCUUCUAGACGGCGGCUUUGACAUGAGUACCGGUGGGAUUUGUGGAUAUUUGCAUGAUGUGAUAUACAUUACAUGUUUCGUCCAACUCAGCUCCAUCAUUUCUGACAAAUUUUGGUACAUAUACUUGGUGAUUCCAGGGUUUGCAGCAUAUCAACUCUUUGGCCUUGUCAAAGGAUUUUUGUCACAUGGUUCAGAGGGGGUAGAGGAAGAUGAAAAGACAAGAAAGAAGAGAGAAAAGAUGGAGAAGAGGGCUUCAAGAGCCAAAUUUGUGAAGACUAGGACCCGAUAAUGACAUUCCUCUUGAAUAUUCAGUCAGGAAACGUUAAGAGUUAGAGGAUACCUUAAGUUAUGGAGUGCUAAUUCUCCAUGCAACAAUGUUAAGUUGUGGUACGGUCUGGAUUGCUUUAUACAUGUAUUUCACUAGCAGAUUCUGUUGUAUCAGUGAUUUAGAAAUACUGUUUCAGUUUCUUA